CAUAUUGCAAUCUGUACACAUUUUGUACAUACAUAUAUACAUAUAUAAUCUUUUAUUAUAUAUUUUCCCAAAAUUCUUCUUUUUUUUCCUUAGGCAACAAAUACAUUAAUUGCACCCAUCAUUGAAUAUUGCGGGACAGUUGAACAUCUCUGGACGAAGAAGGUGGAGAAAAUCAUGGACAUUGCUGUACUAAGAAGAUUAACAUCGAUUAUAAGAGAAAAGAGAUCAUGGAUAUUACAGAUCAAAGCAUUGAAAUUUUACAACAGUUUCGAGCAUAUGCGACUGAAUUAGAUAGCAAACAUGAUCGUUUUGAAAGGAUUGUAAAAUUUGGCAGAGAUAUUACUAUAGAAAGUAAAAGAAUAAUUUUUCUUUUGCACACCAUAGAUAAAAAAGGCAAACAGGAAAGUGUGCUACUUGAAGCUGAUAAGAGAUUGCAAAAAGUUGCGAGAUCCCUUUUUAAAUCUAUUGCACAUGAAUUAGAAGGUCAAGAUCCAUACCUCUAUCUUAAAGCUUAUCGUAAUGGUUUGGAAGAAUAUAUAGAAGCUGUUACAUUUUAUCAGUAUCUAAAAUGUGAUAAUAUGAAAAGUUGGUUAGAAAUAGAAAAAACACUUACUUAUAAAAUUCCUGAGAUUAGUAAUGUUAAAACCAUACAGGUUUUAGUCAGUCCAUAUGAAUAUAUCUUGGGCAUUGCAGAUCUGACUGGAGAACUAAUGCGUCUGUGCAUCAAUAACUUGGCAACAGGAGACAGAGCUAGUUGUUACCAAACAUGCAAUUUUGUUAGAGAUAUGUAUACAUGUUUUCUUGGUUGUACAAAUGCUUCAAAUAGGUUAGUGAAUAGAAAGCUUUGCACACUUGAACAAAACCUCCAUAAAAUAGAAAAUGUUUGCUAUACGGUUAAAAUAAGAGGUUCAGAAAUACCAAAACACAUACUUGUGGAUCUAGUUAAUGAAGAAUAUGCAGACAGUGAUGAAAGUUAUCAUGCCUAUUAAAAAACUUAAAAAAAAGAAAAAAAAAAAGAAGAAAAAAAAAGAAGAAAAAAAAAGAAGAAAAAAAAGAAGAAAAAAAAGAAGAAAAAAAAAAGAGAAAAAAAAGAAAAAAACAUCAACUUUGAAGAUAAUCACAAAUAUUCCAUAAUUAUUUUUAAGUAGUUUAUUCAAUAUUGUUUUUAUACAUUUAUAAAUAUAAAUGAGAUAAUGUUUGUAUCAUGUUACUUAGUUAUCAACUUUAACAUUGUAAAAAUAUUUGUAAAAUAUAUUAUUUCCAUAUUCUCAUUUUUCUUA